CUGGCCCUCGUAUUGUGUAAACUUGGCCGGGCGGCGCAGGAAGGCUAGCCCGAGGGGAAUGGCACAGCAUUUUGCUAACAGCAGGAGCCACAGAAUCUGCGGCGAGCCUGUGGAAAGAACCCACACGUGUAUUUCACAGCACCCUGGGUGGACAUUGGAUGUGAAAAUGAAGCCAGACCGAGAUACCCUAGAUGAAUAUUUUGAAUACGAUGCAGAGGAGUUCUUGGUCUCCUUGGCCUUGUUAAUAACAGAAGGACGCACACCUGAAUGUUCUGUAAAAGGUCGUUCAGAAAGUUUCCAUUGCCCUCCAGCCCAGUCCUGUUACCCAGUAACCACCAAACAUGAGUGCAGUGACAAGCUGGCCCAGUGUCGCCAAGCCAGACGAACCAGGUCUGAGGUCGCGCUGCUGUGGAAGAACAGCCUUCCGAUCAUGGUGGAGGUGAUGCUGCUGCCAGACUGCUGCUACAGUGACGAGGGGCCCACCACGGACGGUGUGGACCUCAACGACCCUGCAAUUAAGCAAGACGCAUUAUUACUAGAAAGAUGGGUGUUGGAGCCAGUUCCUCGACAGAGUAGCGAUCGAUUUAUUGAAGAGAAGACCCUUCUAUUGGCUGUCCGCUCAUUUGUGUUUUUUUCUCAGUUAAGUGCUUGGCUGAGUGUUUCUCAUGGUGCUAUUCCACGAAAUAUUCUUUACAGAAUCAGUGCUGCUGAUGUCGACCUGCAGUGGAAUUUUUCACAGACUCCAAUUGAACAUGUGUUUCCUGUUCCCAAUGUUUCUCACAAUGUGGCCUUGAAAGUCAGCGUUCAGUCCUUGCCCAGACAAUCUAAUUACCCAAUUUUGACGUGUAGUAUUCAUACUAAUAUUGGCCUUUAUGAGAAAGGAAUUCAAGAACAUGAACUUAAAGCCCAUCAGCACCACAAUUCUAACGAAGCAGAACAGUGUAGUACAAACAGUUCACAGCGUGUGUGUAGCAAGCAGACUUGGACCGUGGCACCUGAAAGCGUAUUACAUGCAAAGAGUGGCACCCCUCCAGAAUACACUGCAGCUGUCAAAAAUGGCAAACUGUAUCCAGGCACUGGCAGUAAAUCUGACUAUGGAACUUGUCAAGCCAACCUUGUGGGCUUCAGUGGUACAGGAGAUAAAAAGUCACAUGAAACAUCAGAGAGGACUUUAAAAUCAUUUUCAAUGAUUGAUUCCAGUGUCCCCAGUCGCCAGAGUUCCUGGCAGUCAGUUGGUGAGACUAAUUCUUUAGUAUGCUCUUUAAUUCAGGAUCGACAAGAAGUUAUUGCAAGAAUUGCUCAGCAUUUGAUCCAUUGUGAUCCAAGCAGUUCACAUGUUUCUGGACCUGUGUUUAAUACUCAAGAGUCUAGUUCAGUUAAUUCAAAACUUUUCCGGGUUUCACAAGAAAAUGAAAAUGUGAGAAAAUGUAAAGAGACUUUCUCCAUUUCUUUCGGUAGUCCAGAGCUUACCUCCUCAGAAGACAGCAGUGAGGGGAAGAUUCGAGUAAAGCCAGAAAUUCCUCGAAGUGAAACUUGUACUGCUAAUGGUCUUUAUUCUCAUCGGUCUGUCGGGGAGACGAACCCUUUAAUAGGCUCAUUACUCCAGGAGCGGCAAGAUGUGAUUGCAAGGAUUGCUCAGCACUUGGAGCACAUUGACCCAGCAGCAUCACGUAUACCCCGGCAAUCGUUCAACGCUCAUGACUCUACUUUGGUUCCUUCUAAAGUGUUUAGGAGUUCAUAUGAAGACAAAAAUUUGUUGAAGAAAAACAAGGAUGAUGCCUCUGUUUCCAUUUCUAAUACAAAAUGUUCCUUAUUAGAAGACUGCAAUGAAGGGGAAAGCUUAAUACCUACUAAAUCUCUUAGUUCUUUUAAAUGCAAUAGUAAAGUCAAGUCCUCUUCGAAACCUCAAAUGAGAAGAAAUCUGUAUCAGGACAAUCCUACUGAAGGCAUCCAAAGUACAUUUCAGGGGAUACAGAACAAAGCCACUAGUUUAUCGGCUCCCUCAAAUAUGUCCCAUUGCAAAGAAGAUAAGUUAGUUUUGACAAUCAGGUUGGAAAAUACACUUUCUGAGUGUCCAUUUAAGGAGCAAGAAAUUAGCAAUGGAAUUGAUAAACGGUAUUCAAAUGGCCAUGGUGUUGACAAACAGAUUUGCACAAAUAAGAAUAAGGAAAAAAUAAUUCAAAAUGAAAAUUGUAGCCCAGAAUCUUUUAACAAUCACCAAUUUGAUAAGCCCAAAAAUAAUGACUCGAAAAUAGAAGUUACUACAUUGGAAAUGUCUGGAUAUUUGAACAAACGUGAGAACAAGUGCUCAAAUAAAGACUUAAAAAGGCCUACAACAUAUGAGCAAAAUAUGCAACUUAAUAGUAUAGAAAAUUAUCUCAAUAAGGAUAAGGAAGAUUUCAAAUGCAAAAGACAAGACCAAUUAAAAAACAAACAGGAUAAGAAAGAAGAUUCAACUGAUGAAAAAUUUCAAAACUGUCCUCAGAGAAAGAGUUUAAAUGGCUGUUUGUCUACAUGUGACCAACUGAAAAAUACAGAGGUGUUGCAGAAAACUAUACCACUGAAACAUUCAACUGUCUGGCAGAAACAUAAUUUUCAUUCCUUGGAUGGAACCGUAACCAGAGCCUUUCAUCCUCGGACUGGCUUGCCUCUUCUUUCAAGUCCUGUUCCUCAAAGAAAGACACAGUCAGGCUGCUUUGAUCUGGAUUCUUCAUUACCGCAUCUGAAAAGCUUAUCGUCUAGAAGUCCUCGGCCCUGUUUAAACAUUGAAGGCGACCCAGAAAUUCAUGAAAAACCAUUUCUGAGUUCUAGUGCUCCACCUAUAACAAGUCUUAGUCUCCUAGGAAAUUUUGAGGAAUCCGUCUUGAACUAUCGCUUAGAUCCGCUCUGCAUUCUUGACGGCUUUACGGCCGAGGUAGGGGCCAGUGGUGUUUUCUGCCCCACACAUUUGCUGCUUCCGGUAGAAGUGUCAUUCUACAGUGUCUCCGAUGACAAUGCUCCCUCUCCUUACAUGGCAUGUGUCUCCUAAAAUCUAAGGGUUCCUACAAGACUUGGAACCAGGGGAGCAAUGGGCAACGACUGCUCGUCUCAGGCUAACCCCCUGAACCUGUCUCCAAGGUCCUCUUUGUUGCUUCUUCUAUUCUAAGCCCUUCCUUGUAUCAAUGUCCCCCAGCUUUAGUAAACUUACUCUCAAAAUGAAAAAAUAAUCUAUAUUAUUUCUUUAUAAAUUAAUUUUGUUACUGUUACCAUGUUCUGAAAACUAUUAUAAUUGUAUUAAAGGAAAUAAAUAUAGGCUUGAUAGUAGUUUUUGAGUUACCAGUUUCCCUUUACUUAUUUAAGGUAGGGUGGCACAAAAGAACAGUAAUGUAUUACCUGUAGCAAUGUGAUUGUAAAGGUGGCUAUAUUUAUAUAUUUUUUACCGUUUUCCCCUAGAACUAGGAAGAAGAUGCUGUAGCAUUUUUCAUAUAGAACAGAUUGUAAGAGAGAACAUGUUUAAAGCUUCAUUGCUGUUUUGGUUAGGGAUACAGUUUGUUGAUAAUCUUGUUUUCAUGUUUCAGAUGGUCAUAUAUAAAUCACAUUUGUCAAGAGCCACGUUUCUUCUCAGUGCCCAUUUUCACAAACAUUUCCCAAUAUUAACAUGUUAACAGUCCGAUCUCAAGUGCUGUUCACUUAGAGUUGUGAUAUUUCCAUAUUGGAGUCUGCUUUUUCCUUUUACCUUGUCCACUCCUUUUUAGUCUCCCCUCCCCCCACCUUGGCCUGUCUUUCAAACACACAGAUGUUACCUGAUGGGACAGUCCUGUUUUAUAUUCAGUUUUACAUAAGGUUGGCAUAUUUUGGUGUGCACAACAUAAAAAGAUAGGAUAUAAAAUGGAGAGAAUGCAAUUAUUCUACUUAACUACUCAAAACAGUUAGCCCAGUGAAAACAAAUGAAUUAGCAUUCUUCUCUUAAAGCCAUCUGAGAAUUAAGUAUCACAGUCACUGCCUGUCAUUUGGUUAUCCUGGUUAUCUGGACAUUUUCACACAUUCAAUCAGAGCUUCCCUUAUAUUAAUUGGUACAUCUUUCCCAUUUGAGGACUGCUGCAAUGAUUAGAACAUCCUUCUCAGGAAACUUCAUUAUAUAGCACAGCAGUGCUUUUCAUACAUGAAUGUGUGCAUGAUAUCAUCUGGGAAAUCUGGUUAAAAUGCAGAGUUGAUUUGGUAGGUCUAGGGCAGUGAUGGUGAACCUUUUGAGCUCUGCAUGUCAGCAUUUUGAAAAACCC